CAGUCGACUUGUGGGACGGGUUCGCGCGCCAGUGCUCUCAAAGUGAAAGUGCCCUCUGAUCUGGAAGGCGGCAGCUUUUUUCAGGUCAAAACACAAAAAGACAACGAAGUGAUUGGUGACGGGGAGGCGUCGAUACCCAUACCUCCUGUUUUGCAGUCCAAUGUGGACCUUCUUUGGCACCAAAAGCUGGAAAACGCGCAAAACGUUUUGUUCAACAAAGAGUUGUUCGCACAGUUGGCCCGCGAAGCCGUUCAGCUGCAGCUCCCGAUUCCCACCACUGUUAUCGGCAAUCAGAUAAUCGCGUCGCUCUUCCCUGGCGUCCAGUUGUCUAUAGUGUUGUGUCACACGACUAUCAAUGGAAAGAUCAAACACCAGAAGAACUCCUCUUUGGCCAUACCAUCGAAACAGGACUCACCGAAUAAACCGGUUUUGGAGCACUCACUGCAC